AUGAUUGAUGGCAACAUCAGGACGUUUGGGGAAACGGCGUUUCGUGAAGGUUCACAGGACAAUUUCGGUCCCGCUCCGACCUCACAGGCAAUCGUCAUGCUCCCCGAAAGAAAGGUGAUUCGCCGGGUUGUCAUUCAUUCGGACAACUUGAAGAAAUUCACCGUAUAUGCGGAUAAGGGAAGCGAGGAUUGGGAGAUCAUCAAAGAGGUUAAUAAUGUUGCGUCAAAUCCAAUUGACUUGUCGGUGAAUGCACCGUUCCCCACUGACAAAAUCCGUGGGCCUCCGAUACAGUGGAGUCAGAACAUCGCCCCGUUUGCGGAGUGUCGGGAUCCAAAACUGAAUGAUGAUAACGCAUUUUCAGUUGGAGAGACCUCAAGGCUCAUUAUCGAGAAAACGAAGGCACUCACCAAGGCGGACCAAGAAGAAGAGGAGAACUUUACGCAGGCAACGCUUACAUGGGCAAAACCGCAGCCUGUUCAGCGCAUCAUUGUGGUAGCAGAUAAAGGAAACUUGAAUUCUUUGAAGUCCAAGUUGUAG